GUUUGUCAGAGCUCUGCUCCCCAGCCUGAGAGACACCGCUGCACCCAGGGCUUUUGCUGCACCACCCAAAGAGCGAGGGGCUGCACUCGUGCUGCUGCCUGGCUGCUGAGCUGGACGUGCCGAGAAGCCCCAGGUGAGGGAUGCCGUAGAAUCGCGUUGGAGACGUGCCCUCCUUGAGCUGUGCCACACAGGGGACAGCCAUGGCUAGCUCAGCCCUGGGAGUCAUCCUCGCUGUGCUGGCCUCGCUCAUCAUCACUGCCAAUGUGCUGGUGGCCAUCGCUCUCCUUUGCCUCAUCCAAAAGAGCGGCUCCAAGGGGCUCUAUUUUGUCCUUAAUCUUGCCAUUGCAGACACCGUGGUUGGCUUCACGGUUGUGGGUCUGGUCGUGGAUGAGUUUUCUGAGCCGUUUUAUCCUCCCCAGAUCUUCUGCAUCCUGAGAAUGGCUUUUGUGACCUCCUCUUCUGCUGCCUCUAUCCUAUCCCUGAUUCUGGUUGCGUGUGACAGACACCUGGCAAUCAGGAAGCCUUUCCACUAUUUCCAGCUGGUGACAGGCCUGCGGGUCGGGGUGCGCUUGAUGGGGCUCUGGCUGGUUGCUGCCAUCAUUGGCUUCCUCCCUGUCCUCACCCCGUGUUUUCAGAAGGUCUCCACGCAUGGGAAGUGUUCCUUCUUUGGGGUCUUCCACCCCACCUACAUGCUGACAGUCUUCUGCGUCGGCUUCUUCCCAGCGCUCUUUCUCUUCAUUUAUCUCUACUGUGACAUGCUGAAAAUUGCCUCUGUGCAUGUGCAGCAUAUCCAGGAAGUGGAGCACGCUGUACUGGCGGGGGGCUGCCCCCCAUCCCACACCACCAGUGACAUGAAGGCCAUGCGCACCGUUGCCGUGCUCAUUGGGUGUUUCACAUUGUCCUGGUUGCCUUUCUUCAUCGCCAGCAUUGUGCAAACUGUCUGUCCUGAGUGCUUCCCCUACAAAGUCAUUGAGAACUACCUCUGGCUGCUGGGACUAUGCAACUCCCUCCUGAACCCCCUGCUCUACUCCUACUGGCAGAAGGACGUGCGGCUGCAGCUCUCCCAGCUGACUGCAGGUGUGAAGAGGAGAGUCCUCCUUCACCUGGGCCGCCGCUUCCCUGGCAGAGGCACCAAAUCUCUCCCCACUGUGUCCUGCCUGCGGCUCCAGGACUGACACGGUAAGGAGCGGCUGUCACCAGCUUUCCAGCUCAUCUCCUGCAUUGUGACCAUGAACUUGUGGCUCACCAGCUGUGGAGAUCACAGACAGGGUGGGACCAAUCCAGAUGUUAAUUCCCAGAUAUCAGCAUGGCCAAAUUCCAGCCUGCCCACAGAGCACAGCCUGUUUUGUGCUAGCCCCAGGUACCCCAAAUUGCAAGUGCAUGCCACACCUUAGAUUUUGCCUGGAGAGCCUCAGCAAGAGCAGCCUUGUGUCUUCUGGGACAAAGCCCUUGGCACUCACUCCACAGGCUAAGUUCCUUCACCCAUUGCUGCCUGACUCCCCCUGCCCAGACCUGGGAUCCACCUGCCCUCCCCUCUGCCUGCAGUGCCAGCUCUCUGGGUGAUGAGCCCCAGGUACCCAGGACAGGGCUGCUCACACAGCCAUGGCUCAGUUGCCUUUGGCUCUUGUCCCAGGCAGCAGAGGCUGGGAGGUGUGUUCAUGUCCAAAAUCUGUUCUGGACCACAAUUACUCCCAGUCACUGCCUUUCCUAAACCGAAUUCACCAUCCUGCAGCUGCAGCCUGGGCCAUCCCCCAAAACUGUUGCCUCUGCUCUGGGUUGUGUCCACUCGAGGCAGAGGCGAGGGGUAUGGGCCUGGAGUCUCAGCUGUGGCACCAGAGACACAGAAAGGGCUUCUGCUGUUCCUCAGCAGGAGCUGUAUCUGCACGGGAGCUGGCACGGUGAGCGUGGAUCAGCCCCAGGCGCUGCAUGCCUGGCAGAGCUGCAGGGCAGCAGGGGCUGUGCUGUCACUGUUUGGCUUGGGCUAUAAAGUGAGUUAAUGAGUAACUGGCCAAAUGCUGAGCUGUGGCAAAGGAGCGAGAGGAACGGCUGUCUUGGAGUCAGGGAAAGCCCCAUGUGGGAGGGCUGCUUUGUCCCACCCAGGCUGUAGGGCUGGAUUUGGGACUGCAAGGGUCCCUGCCACACUGCAGCUGUGGCCAGACUCCUGCCAGAGGCUG